GAUAAUUAUGGACAUGUAUAUUCGCCCACUUCCAUUUUGACGUGUGAUUUGAUAUGGAGAACGGUACGCUAAGGACGUACCUAUAUAGUGUUUAGAGAUGAGGGGCAGGGGCGUGUAAGUGGGCUGGCUGGACAGGAAUCCAUGGCAACCUCCCGAAACUUUUGUGUUCAAGAAUACUCUGCAGUAAAACGAAACCUUUUUUGUUGUCUCACUGGCAUUGGCAUAUCCUACCCUUCUUGUCAUACUGUCUAAUUUGUCUUAUUUCUGUUGUUUGUUCUCUAGAAACCUCCUAUACGCAACGCAACAUACUCCAACCUUAACCCCUCCAUCAUUUCUGUGCCCCUCACCAACACCAAAAAAAAACCCCCAAAAAAACAAAAGCACUAUCAACGAUCCUGCCGUCUUCACAAUGCCCAUCGCGAACCUCCUCACCGGAAAGACGGCCAUCAUUACCGGCGGCACCACCGGUAUUGGUCGGGCCAUCGCCAUUGAAUAUAUUCGGCAGGGCGCCAACGUGGUGGUGAACCAUCUCGAUCUGGAGAAGGACAAGCCGCAUCUGGAUUCGCUGCUCUCCGAAGCCUCCGAGAUCAAGUCGGCGAGCCCAUCCGCAGGUACGCUCGACCACCUAUCGGGCGACGUGACGGACCCGGAGACGGGCAGGAAGCUCGUGGAGCGCGCGGCGUCCAAGUUCGGCGGCCGCCUCGACAUCUGCGUCAGCAACGCGGGCAUCUGCCAGUUCGCCGAGUUCCUGACCAUGGAGCCGGACCUGUUCGCGCGGACGGUGCGCACGAACCUCGACGGCGCAUUCUACGUCGUGCAGGCGGCGGCCCGGCAGAUGGCCUCCCAGUCCCCGUCCGGGGGCUCGAUCAUCGGCAUCUCGUCCAUCUCGGCGCUCGUCGGCGGCGGCCUGCAGACGCACUACACGCCCACCAAGGCCGGGGUGCUGAGUCUGAUGCAGAGCACGGCCGUGGCGCUCGGCAAGUACAAGAUCAGGUGCAAUGCGCUGCUGCCGGGCACGAUCAAGACGCAGUUGAACGACAAGGACCUGGAGGACGACACGAAGCGGGAGUAUAUGGAGGGUCGUAUACCGCUUGGAAGGACGGGUGUCACCAGUGACAUGGCUGGGCCGGCGGUAUUUUUGGCUUGUGAAGAGCUUAGUGGAUACGUGACAGGUGCUCAGUUGUUGGUUGACGGAGGCUUGUUUGUUAAUUUGCAAUGAGCAGCAACCUCACGUCAUGAAUUGGCUUCUUUUGAUUCCCCCAUGAUGCAAUUGCAGGUUUGUAAGUAUUAUUUAGUAGGUCGGCAAUACAUGUCUGGGUGCUAAUUGCACUCUUAAAUUGAUCAGGAUUGCAGAACGUCCUGGCGAAAUGAAGGAGUUUACGGCGGUUGGGCACAAAUAUAAUCAACAGAUGACAUU